AUGGUCGGCCUCACCUCUGCUGCCGGCGUCGUUGGCUAUCUCUCCGAGCCUGAUCCCGCCUUGCGCUCCUUCGCCCUCCAGCGGUUAAACGAGGAGAUCGAUCUACUAUGGCCAGAGGUUGCUGGCUCAGUCAGUCAGAUUGAGGCUCUCUAUGAAGACGAGUCGUUCCCGCAGCGAGAGCUCGCCGCCCUUGUCGCGGCGAAGGUGUACUAUCAGUUGCAAGAGUACAACGAGAGCAUGGUCUUUGCGCUGGGUGCAGGCAAGCUAUUCGACAUCCACAAGGCCGCCGAGUUCGAGGAGACGAUACUAGCAAAAUGCCUAGACACGUACAUCGCCCUGUCAGCCAUGCACAACCCGCCGACCCCCGUGAGCAAAGCGAGCCAGGCACCUCUACAGCUCAGCACAUCAUUCCCCGCAAACUCAGCCGGUGCAGCCAGUACCUCAGCUAGCCUGGCGUCGCCGAUUACACCCUUCUCGCAGUCCGCAUUGCCCUCAAAGUCGCUCCUAUCUCGCGAAGACUCGUCAACAUUCGAUCCCACAGUGCCUGGAGGUGGCAAUGCCGGUGUACCUGGAGCACAUCCUACUCCGAUGGUACUACAGAGGAACGUCCAGAAGAGUCUCCAGAGCACCGUCCGGCGGAUAUUCGAGAGCUGUUACGAGAGCGGCAACUACAAGCAAGUAGUCGGAAUCGCCAUCGAGGCGCGGAAUCUAGACGUUCUGAGGGACUCCAUCAUUCGCGCGAGCCAGAAUGAGAAGAAGAAGGGCAAGAAGCCUGCAUCGGACUCGCCUUCUGAGAGCGAGGAGCUGAUAGAGUACGUUCUCGAUAUCUGCAUGAAUGUUGUGCAGGAGCGGGGCUUUAGAAAUGAGAUUCUCCGUCUUAUUCUAGAUCUCCUCAACGACAACGAAAUUCCCAACCCAGACUACUUCUCCAUCGCCAAGUGUGUGGUUUAUCUCAACCAGCACUCUCUAGCCUCGAAACUCAUCCAACAGCUUAUAGAGCGAGGCGAUGACAAGUCGCGUGCAGUCGCCUACCAAAUUUCAUUCGACCUCUACGAGAACGGUACCCAAGAGUUCCUUACCAAGGUCAUGGAAGAGCUGCCCGAGACUGACCAGGACGACGAGGCGAAACCCACAGCCAAUGGAGAUGCGUCACACAAGCCAAGAGAGGAGGAUGCGGGCGAGUCAGACUCAUUGCUCGCAAAUGUGGACAAUAGCAACGUAUCGACUGUGGUAUCUCGCUCCAAGGAAAAGUCAUUGGCGGAUGAACACCACAAGGCCUUCAGCUCCGUCCGCUACAUUCUCCGAGGAACGAAGAGCAUCGAACUGAACCUUGAGUUCUUGUACAGGAACAACCACACCGACAAGGCCGUCUUGAACAAAAUCCGUGACAGUCUGGAGGCAAGAAACUCGAUUUUCCAUUCCAGUGUCACAUUCGCGAAUGCUUUCAUGAAUGCCGGCACGACUAACGACACUUUCUUUCGAGAGAACUUGGACUGGUUAGGCAAGGCCGUGAACUGGUCCAAGUUUACUGCAACUGCUGCAUUGGGUGUCAUCCACCGCGGCAACAUCACGCAGGGGCAGAAGCUGCUUGAGCCAUAUCUGCCCAAGGACACUGUCUCGUCUGGUUCUCACUAUGAGCAAGGUGGAUCGCUUUACGCUCUGGGGUUGAUCUACGCCAACCAUGGAAGCAAUGUGCUUGACUAUCUUCUCAAGCAGUUCCAAAACGCUUCCGAGGAGGUCAUUCAGCACGGCGGUGCGCUCGGUCUCGGUGUUGCUGGUAUGGCAACCGGAUCCGAGGAGAUCUUUGAUGCUUUCAAGAGCGUCUUGUACACGGACUCCGCUAUCAAUGGUGAGGCUGUCGGACUGUCAAUGGGUCUCGUCAUGCUGGGAACUGGUAACAUCAAGGCCCUCGAAGACAUGAUCCAGUAUGCGCACGAUACACAGCACGAGAAGAUUGUCCGAGGUCUCGCCAUGGGUAUGGCGCUCAUCAUGUAUGCCCGACAAGAAGCUGCUGAUGAGCUCAUCAACGGCCUGCUCGAUGAUGCGGACCCGACCCUGCGCUACGGAGGCAUCAUGACCAUUGCAUUGGCGUACUGUGGCACAGGCAGCAACAAGGCCGUGAGGAGGCUACUACACGUCGCUGUCAGCGAUGUAAGUGACGACGUGCGACGAGUAGCGGUCAUGAGCUUGGGCUUCGUCCUUUUCAGGAAGCCAGGCAGCGUGCCUCGAAUGGUUGAGCUUCUUGCGGAAUCCUAUAACCCACACGUCCGAUACGGAGCGACCAUGGCUCUUGGAAUUGCCUGCGCAGGCACUGGUCUUCCCGAGGCAGUUGACCUACUAGAGCCAAUGAUGAAGGAUUCGACCGACUUUGUCCGACAAGGUGCUUUGAUUGCGCUUGCCAUGAUUAUGGCACAGCAGAACGAAGCUAUGAACCCCAAGGUUGUGGCGAUUAGGAAGCAGCUUACCAAAGUCAUCAGUGAUCGCCAUGAAGAUGCUAUGGCGAAGUUUGGCUGCGCUCUGGCGCUUGGUAUAAUCGACGCCGGCGGACGGAACUGCACGAUUGGAUUGCAGACGCCAACCGGCAACCUCAACAUGGCCGCGAUCGUUGGUAUGGCUGUCUUCACUCAAUAUUGGUAUUGGUUCCCCUUGACCCACUUCCUGUCGCUAAGCUUCACCCCUACUGCCGUCAUUGGUGUCGACCAAGAGUUGGAGAUUCCUUCAUUCAAAUUCUUCAGCAACACUCGCCCUAGUAUGUUUGACUACCCGCCAGAAGCAGAAGUCAAGACGGAAGAAGCGCCAGAGAAGAUCAAGACUGCAGUGCUUUCAACAACAGCCCAGGACAAGCGGCGACGGAUGGUCAAGGAGCGACAGCGCCGGCGAGAGAGCAUGGACGUCGAUCAAACUCCUACCACACCCAAACCUAGCGCAGACGACGAUAAGAUGGAUAUCGACGAGGAUGCUAAGAAAGACGAUGCCGAGAAGAGCGAUGGCGCGCAAUCAACAGAGUCCUCGAAGAAAAAGGCAGAGAAGGAGAAGGUUGGCUACGAGCUGGAGAACAUGUCGCGAGUACUUCCACCUCAAGUGAAGUACAUCAGUUUCCCUUCAGAGCGAUAUGUUCCAGUGAAGAAGCCAACGCUUGGUGUGAUCCUUCUCACAGACACCAGGCCUUCAGAACCAAAGACUCUCCUUGAGCUCAAGGUCAAGAAAGCAGCACCUGCUCCGACGCCAGGCGCAGCAGGCUCCUCGGGCGAUCACGCACCUGAUGGAGUAUCGGUCACAGACGCUGCAGCAGUCAGCGACAACAUGGUGGACGAGGGUGAGGAUGAGGCCUCGACCCCAGGCGAUUUCGAUUAUGAGUCGGACACUAAUCCCAACGACGAUGAUUGA